AUGCUGGCCGCGCGUUUUUCCAGAGCUCUUCCCCGAGCAACCCCAUCGGCAGCACGAUGGGCUGCGCCGAUGCGCAAGCCUCUCGGCUCCAGCUUUGCUCGUUACGAGUCGACAGAGGGAAAGGUCCAGGGUGCCGUGAUCGGUAUUGAUCUGGGUACUACCAACUCUGCUGUUGCCAUCAUGGAGGGCAAGAUCCCCAAGAUCAUUGAGAACUCCGAAGGUGCCAGAACAACCCCAUCAGUAGUCGCUUUUGCCCAGGAUGGCGAGCGGUUAGUCGGUGUCGCCGCCAAGCGUCAAGCCGUUGUCAACCCUGAGAACACACUCUUCGCUACCAAGCGUUUGAUCGGAAGAAAGUUCACCGACGCUGAGGUCCAGCGUGACAUUAAGGAAGUUCCCUACAAGAUUGUCCAGCACACCAACGGCGAUGCCUGGGUUGAGGCUCGUGGCCAGAAGUACUCUCCCUCGCAAGUCGGUGGUUUCGUGCUCAACAAGAUGAAGGAGACUGCCGAGGCCUACCUGAGCAAGCCUGUCAAGAACGCCGUCGUCACUGUCCCUGCUUACUUCAACGACUCGCAACGUCAAGCCACCAAGGAUGCCGGUCAGAUCUCUGGUUUGAACGUUCUCCGUGUUGUCAACGAGCCUACUGCUGCCGCUCUCGCCUACGGUCUUGAGAAGGAGGCCGACCGCGUCGUCGCUGUCUACGAUCUUGGUGGUGGUACUUUCGAUAUCUCCGUUCUCGAGAUCCAGAAUGGUGUCUUUGAGGUCAAGUCUACCAACGGUGACACCCACUUGGGUGGUGAGGACUUCGAUAUUCGCCUGGUUCGCCACCUGGUUGACACCUUCAAGAAGGACUCUGGCAUUGACCUGUCCAGCGACCGCAUGGCUAUUCAGAGAAUCCGUGAGGCUGCUGAGAAGGCCAAGAUUGAGCUUUCCUCCUCCCUCCAGACCGACAUCUCGCUUCCUUUCAUCACUGCCGAUGCCUCCGGCCCCAAGCACAUCAACACCAAGAUGACCCGUGCUGAGCUUGAGCGCAUGAUGGACCCCCUCAUCACCAAGACCAUUGAGCCCGUUCGCAAGGCCCUUAAGGAUGCCGGCCUUCAGGCCAAGGACAUCCAGGAGGUUAUCCUGGUUGGUGGUAUGACCCGUAUGCCCAAGGUUUCCGAGUCCGUCAAGAGCAUCUUCGGCCGUGACCCCGCCAAGUCCGUCAACCCUGACGAGGCUGUUGCCAUUGGUGCUGCCAUCCAGGGUGCUGUUCUGUCUGGUGAGGUCAAGGACCUUCUGCUCCUUGAUGUCACUCCUCUGUCCCUCGGUAUUGAGACUCUCGGUGGUGUCUUCACCCGUCUGAUUAACCGCAACACCACCAUCCCCACCAAGAAGUCCCAGGUCUUCUCGACCGCCGCCGACUUCCAGACUGCCGUCGAGAUCAAGGUCUACCAGGGUGAGCGUGAGCUCGUCAAGGACAACAAGCUGUUGGGUAACUUCCAGCUCGUCGGUAUCCCCCCGGCUCACCGUGGUGUCCCCCAGGUUGAGGUCACCUUCGACAUUGACGCCGACUCCAUUGUCCACGUCCACGCCAAGGACAAGUCCACCAACAAGGACCAGUCCAUCACUAUUGCUUCCGGCUCUGGUCUUUCCGAGUCUGAGAUUGAGCAGAUGGUUCAGGACUCCGAGAAGUACGCCGAGGCCGACAAGGAGCGCAAGGCUGCCAUUGAGGCUGCCAACCACGCCGACAGCGCCUUGAACGAUACUGAGAAGGCCCUCAACGAGUUUGCCGACAGACUCGACAAGGCCGAGGCUGACGCCAUCCGCGAGAAGAUCACCACUCUCCGCGAGUUCGUUAGCAAGAGCCAGGCUGGCGAGGGCACUGCCACCGCCGCCGAGAUCAAGGAGAAGACCGACGACCUCCGCAUGGCCAGCUUGAAGGUCUUUGACAAGAUGCACAAGGCUCCUGAGGGUGGCGAGAGCUCCGAGGCCAAGCCUGAGGAUGAGAAGAAGCCGUAA